AUGAUCUGUAUGUCAAGUGAAAAUAUAUGGAUGCCCGACAUAACGCUCAUGAACACAGUUGAAGAGCGCAAGCUGCUGAACAAUCUGAACGCGCCUGCUUGUGUACAUCAUUCUGGAACGGUUGAAUGGGAACGAGGGGAUCUCUACCAAAGUCAGUGUGACUUUGACAUUACACAUUUUCCAUUUGAUACUCAGACCUGCCAUCUGAAUCUCUCCACGUGGACGACCACGAACAUAUCUGCUCGUUUCAUACCUUCAAUUGAUGAAAACAGCAGUACCGUCACAACUAAUGUGAAUGGACUGUGGAAGAUUAAAACUUUGUCAUCCGCUACCGCUGAUAACAAAUUUCCUGAAAUCGUUGUAACAGCAAUCUUACAGCGUCGGGCGUCAUAUUAUGUCCUCAAUCUCAUCAUCCCCGUCAUGUUUCUGUCCCUCCUCAGCUCCGUGGUCUUUGCUCUGCCUAUACAAUACGGGGAUAAAGUGUCUCUCUCCAUGACGGUUCUCCUCUCAUUCAGCUUGUUUCUGACGCAGAUGAGCAACAACAUGCCCAGGACGUCCCUACAAACGUCCUACCUCACCAUCUACAUGACCCUGCUCCUCACUCUCAGCUCCCUUACUGUGGCAAUAUCAGUUUUCAUUCUUAAGAUCCAUCAGAGAACGGGAGAUGUACCUGUAGUGUUGCAGAAUUAUGUCACAUUUUGGAAAUAUGUUAUUCCUAAUCCGCCUUUGAAUGCAAUGGAAUCUGAUGAACAGGACGAUCCAGUUGAAGACAUUGAUCAGAAGAAGUGCAAUACAGUGGUCACCUGGAAAGAUGUAUCUCUUGUACUUGAUGCUCUGUGUCUAAGAUUCUUCUUCCUGCUUAAUGUUGGUUGUGGUAUUAUUUUCUUUGCCCUUGUCAUUUGA